UAGGGAAGCUGGCGUAGGAGCUUCCGUGCAUGCGCAGUGUGGGCUCAGUGACGCAGCCGCGGGGGCAAUCAUGGCGGCUCAGUGCGUGAGGCUGGCGCGGCGCAGUCUCCCGGCGUUGGCGCUGUCGUUCAGGCCUUCUCCUCGCUUGUUGUGCACAGCUACGAAACAGAAGAAUAAUGGCCAGAACCUGGAAGAGGACUUGGGUCAUUGUGAGCCAAAGACAGAGCCACCCUCUGCAGACAAGAGCGUCCUGGAAGAGAAGGUGAAGCUGGAAGAGCAGCUGAGGGAGACCAUGGAAAAAUACAAACGAGCUUUGGCAGAUACUGAGAAUCUACGGCAGAGAAGCCAGAAGCUGGUGGAGGAGGCCAAGUUGUAUGGUAUCCAGGGCUUCUGCAAGGACUUGCUGGAGGUUGCAGACAUCCUGGAGAAGGCAACCCAGAGUGUUCCAAAGGAGGAAAUCAGCAACAAUAACCCUCACUUGAAGAGCCUGUAUGAAGGGCUCGUGAUGACUGAAGUCCAGAUUCAGAAGGUGUUCACAAAACAUGGCUUGCUCAAGCUCGACCCCAUUGGGGCCAAGUUUGACCCUUACGAACACGAGGCCUUGUUCCACACCCCUGUGGAGGGAAAAGAGCCGGGCACAGUGGCACUAGUUAGCAAAGUGGGCUACAAGCUACAUGGUCGCACCCUCAGGCCAGCUCUGGUAGGGGUUGUGAAGGAAGCUUAGCUGCCUCCCUCGGCUCUGGACUUUGUAGGUCACUUGCUAGAACUCGGAAGGCAGGCUUGUAAUUUCUCAUCUGUGAACACGUCUGAUCUUUGCCCGGCCUUGUUGGAAAUCUUAAGUAAGCUAAGCAGAACGUGAAGCUGCUUGCAUACUGUGUCAGGGACUCUGGGAGCCUGGUCACUGAGUUUAGCGCCACCUACUUCAGAAGAGGGCCAGCAGGGCCUCAGGAGUAGUGUUGACUAACACUGUAUCUGUUCCACCUGGUGAUUGAUAACUACACAAAUAAAAGGUCUUUGGCUACA